AUGAGCAUCCUCCUCGAGGAGCAGCGGCUGCUGCAUGAGGACAUCGAGCGCCUCGAGCAGGCCACCGCCGAGCGCAUUCUCGAGGACCCCAGGAGUACGAGGGACCAGCUCCGCCGUGACCACCAGAUGGCGAACUUUCUUGGUCGCAUUCAGAGCCAAUCGAAGCGCCUGCUGGACAUCUACGCCGAUGCGAACGGCGAACGCACUCGCCAAGUCCAGGCCAUCUCCACCGGCGACAUCUUCGAAGAGUUCUACAAGGAAUACAAGGAAAUCAAGACCCACCACAAAGAAUACCCGAACGAGGCAGUCGAGAACUUGGAGCGAGCCUACAAGCGCCGUCCUGGCGAGCCUGAGCCCAUGGCUCCCAACGUCGAGGCCAUGUUCACUGGCGAGGAAAGCUUUGGGCGCUUCUUUGAUAUGACGAUCCUGCACGAUGCCUACGAGAACCUGCCGGGCAACAAGAACGCCAAACAUACCACCUACCUGCAGUAUCUAGACUCGUUCGACAACUUCGCCCAGAUGAAGCGUCCUAACAAGAUGACAGAUGCCUACUUCCGCUACCUCGGCGAUUUGGCCUCGUAUCUUGAGGACUUCAUGAGGAAGACGAGGCCGCUGGAGGAUUUGGACAAGCUGUUCGCUGAGUUCGACGAAGAAUUCCAGAAGGGAUGGGACGCAAACGAGAUCCCCGGUUGGGAGGAUGAGGAUGCAGCUAAGCGUGCCACUGCUGGCCCUGUGACUGAGGGCUCUGGCUCUGGGUACUGGUGCGCUGACUGCCAGAAGGAGUUCCAGGAGCACACGUACGGGCCUCACCUCGAGGGAAGGAAGCACAAGAGAAAUGCCGCCGCAAGGGCUGAGAGGGGCGAGCAGGCUGCCGAGGGUCAGCCUUCGAACGGCACUGUCAACACCAAGCGCCUUAAGGAGCGUGCCAUCGCGCAGCGUGAAUUCCUUGUCAAGAAGCUUGCGGCUGCCAUGAAGCUGCAGCGUGGCGACACCCGCGUCAAUGUUGAGCGCAGGCAGGGUAUGACUGAGCGCGAACGUCAGCAGGAGCUCGACGCUCUCUAUGCCGAAGGCAUGGAAGAGGUCCAGGAGGGUGAAGGUGAGGAAGAAGGUGACGAGGACAAGAUCUACAACCCGCUCAAGUUGCCGCUCGCCUGGGAUGGCAAGCCGAUUCCCUUCUGGCUGUACAAGUUGCACGGUCUCGGUGUCGAGUUCCCCUGCGAAAUCUGCGGCAAUUUCGUAUACAUGGGACGCCGCGCCUUCGACAAGCACUUCACCGAGGGUCGCCACCUCUACGGCCUAAAGUGCCUGGGCAUCACCAAGGAUACCGGUCUCUACAGGGAAAUCACUGGCAUCCAGGAUGCGAUCAACCUGCACAAGAAGAUCGAGGUCGACAAGAAGAAGCAGAAGCAGGCGCAGGAGAACGUUGUGCAAAUGGAGGAUGCGGCGGGCAACGUUAUGCCUGAGAAGGUCUACUAUGACCUUCAGAAGCAGGGCUUGUUGUGA